GGUUGCUAUUUGAUAGUCAGCUACUGCAUAGAACAAUCAUGAAAUCCACCUACUCUUUGUUAUGUUUUUGUUUAAGCUUAACGCCUUUGUUGGCGUAUCCUGUAGACUACAACGAAACAACCGCCGAAAUAACAAGUAACGCUUUGAAGGAAUUGGUAAGCUUAAUCUCCGACAACCCCUUCACAGCCCUCGUGCAACAAUACAACAACGACAUCAACGACAUAAACAGCAGGACAUACGGGAAAAUGAAGAUCAACGUUGACAACUUCAACGCGCGCCUGAGCCAGGUAGAAGACAGCGCCACCAAGGCAGACGCAAACAUCACGACAUGUCUGGAAAACCUAAACCUACUCACCCCUGAGGUGUUCUACCAAAAAUAUACCGAGGAAUGCGUCAAUCCGUCCCGAGCCUUGGGUCUGAAUCUGAUGAGUCUUGGAUACAACAAGCAAACGGUUGAAUUUUACAAGAAAUACGACGAACUGAUGACUUACUUCAACGGAUGUCUGCAUGGCUCCGACCCCUCUCCUCAGAUCUGCGCUGGUAUAGUGGAGUCGACGCUGCAGGAGGUGAACAGGAUCCUGCCCGCAGUUAAGGCUAAUCCUCUACACAUCCAGAGGGAAUUUGAGCAUCAGAGACUGGCUCUGGCCUAUUGCGCAUACGAGCACGUUUCUUCGUCAAGCAAGAGGCUGGAGGUGGAGUUCAGGAAUGUCAAAACUUGCAUUUUGGAGAAAAUAGACGCGGCGUAACCACAAUUAUAUUUUUGGUACUAUUAUAAUCAUAUUUUGUUCAGGUUAUUUAUAAUAAGCUAAAUACACGUAUUUUAAAACACAAA